UUUAUUAUUAAACUAAUACGGUAACAAUAUUCUGAAAGAUGGCAUCGUUAUGCAGACUUAGUAGUUUUCCAUCGCCGUUUUGGAAAUUUGUACCGAUGGUAUCGAGCUCAAGAUGCGCAUCUAGUGUUACUGGCGCUCAGUCUGCUCAGACUACUAAUUAUGUGGAUAGGCUCAAGUCUAUUGACACUCUACCCGGGCCCGGAAUCAUACCAUGGUUGCCUACGCCAGUCAACAAGAUCACACAGUCGAUAGCAGUUAUGUUUCAAGAUAUUAAGAAAAACCACGAAGUGAUUGUUGAAAACGCUAAGAAAUAUGGCAAGAUACACAGAACCAAUGCAUUCGGAUUUGAUGUUGUGAGCCUAAGUGACCCGCAACUUAUAGAAAGGUUUUGCAGGACGGAAGAUAAAUAUCCAAUGAGAUUUCCUAUAGAACCUUGGUUAGAUUAUAGGAAACAGAAUAAAAAACCAUUGGGGAUAUUACUAGAGGAAGGUAAAAAGUGGCACAAAAGUCGAUCCGCUAUGAGUAGACGCUUGUUGCGCCCACCAGAAAUCGGAAGGUUUUUAGAUGCGAUGAAUGGUGUAGCAGCAGACGUAUUGGAGAGGCUGAAAACUCUUCGGCCAAAGGAAGGUCCGAACAAAAACAUCAUGCCGAAUUUCGAAGAGGAGCUCUUCAGAUGGGCUUUCGAAUCUGCCUGCACGGUUUUCUUUGACAAACGUCUCGGAAUCUUGGACAAGAAUUCUCCAAAGAUUCAUCCAGAAAUCGACGAAUUUGUUUACGCUUUUCAGAAUGUCUUAGAGACGACGGCUAACCUGAUGUUCAAAAAUUACAACCUCCAAAAAAUGCUUCGAACUAAAACGUACAAAACACACACAGAAUCAUGGGACUUGCUCUUUAGAGUGUGGGAACCGUGGGUCAAGAAAGCAUCAUCCAAUCUAUUCGACGUCACAAUGGGCAGUUACGAUGGGGCUGAAACAUGCGAGUUAGAUGGAUCUUUCCUUCUAAAUCAGAUUACGGGAAAACACGGCAAUACUUUCGGCUUAUCCCGAGACGAUGGCCUCGGAAUCAUAAAUGCAACGCCUCGUCAAAUAGAGAAUACAAAGAAAGAUCUAUGUGCCAUCUUCAACAAACACGGUCUAAAAAUCACAAUCGAAGCCAACAAAAAAAUUGUGAACUUUCUGGACAUAACGCUAAACCUGGAGAGUGGAAAAUACAUGCCCUACACGAAACUGAAUAAUACACCUCUAUACGUACAUAACAAAUCAAACCACCCACCCGGAAUCCUCAAAAACAUCCCAGAGAGCAUCAACAAACGCCUAUCUGAAAUAUCAUUCGAUGAAGAGUCAUUCAAUAAAGCAGCACCACUAUACCAACAGACCCUCCGACAAAAGUGGAUACAGUCAUCAGCUAAAGUUCUCCACAGCGCAACAAACAAAGGACGCCGCCAACACCAGGAAACAUCGUACCAGAAACAUAAUUUGACAUCUUACUCAGUUUUAUGGGCUUUGUAUUGCAUUUUAAGAAAUCCUGAAUGUCAAGAACGUUUAUACGAAGAGGUUACGCGUGUGAUUCCAGAAGGUGUUGCUCCAACCAAAGAUCACUUUAAUGAAACAAAAUAUUUGAGAGCGGUUAUUCCAGAAACCCAAAGGUAUUCGAUCAGCCGUAGCUCAGAAUACUUUGAAGACCCUUACGGUUUCAAUCCGGAACGAUGGCUAUCACGAGUGAAAGGAGAGAAACUGAACAAUUUCUUGAUGUUACUAUUUGGUUUUGGCAUCUGUAGCUGUAUCGGAAUGGUGAAAAGUGGCACAAAAGUCGAUCCGCUAUGAGUAGACGCUUGCUGCGCCCACCAGAAAUCGGAAGAUUUUUAGAUGCGAUGAAUGGUGUAGCAGUAGACGUAUUGGUGAGGAUGAAAACUCUUCGCCCAAAGGAAGCUGCCUGCACGGUUUUCUUUGACAAACGUCUCGGAAUCUUGGACAAGAAUUCUCCAAAGAUUCAUCCAGAAAUCGACGAAUUUGUUUACGCUUUCCAGAAUGUCUUAAAGACGACGGCUAACCUGAUGUUCAAAAAUUACAACCUCCAAAAAAUGCUUCGAACUAAAACGUACAAAACACACACAUAAUCAUGGGACUUGCUCUUUAGAGUGUCCCAUGACCUUAUAGAUCGUAAACUCAAUGAGCUGGCGGAAAAAGUCAGCAACAAUGAUGAAGUCGACGAUGGAAGUUUCUUGGCGUAUAUUUUCACCUAAAACAAGUUGAGCGAAGAGGAAAUAUAUGGCAGUAUGACGGAACUGUUAUCCGCAGCCGUAGAUACGACUUCGAACUCGGUUUUAUGGGCUUUGUACUGCCUUGCAAGGAAUCCUGAAUGUUAAGAGCGUUUAUACGAAGAGGUGACGCGUGUGAUUCCAGAAGGCGUUUCACCAACAAAAGAUCACUUCAAUGAAAUGAAAUAUCUUCAUGCGGUGAUGCAAGAAACCCAGAGAUUAUAUCCCGUAGCAUUAGGAGUAGGAAGAAAAGUUACCGAAGAUAUGGAAAUCGGUGGCUAUAAAAUACCAGCCGGGGUAGUAUAAAAAAAUGUCAAAUACAAUUCCAAACAUACAUUACUGGGACUUAUUGUUUCAUAAUCAAGAGUGGAAUGGAUUACAAUGACGCAUGCUUUGUUUUUGUAGAUCAAUAGGAUAGGCCACAGCACUAUCAAUCUCAUUGAGUUAAUUGUUUGUGAACACAAACAUGUUAUAUACAGUAAAGGUCUAAACGAAUGAAUGAAUGAAUGAAUGAAUGAAUGAAUGAAGAAAGGAAGAAGGAUUAAUUAAUUAAUAAAUUUCAAUCAAUCAAUCAAUCAAUCAAUCAAUUAAUCGAUCAAUCAAUCAAUCAAUCAAU